GCUCAAGCUCUCCGUUCUCAACGGACGGCUCUAGCUUCGAUAUUGAGGUUCCCAAGACAGCCACUGUUUUAGAACUGAAGCAGGCGGUGGAGGCGGUUUUCAGUCACAUGCCACAGAAGGGACCUGGAAAGAUAUCAUGGCCGCACGUGUGGGGGCAUUUCUGCUUGGGAUUUGGUGGUCAGAAGCUACUCAUUGAAACCGACCAUAUCAGGGACUACGGAAUCAGAGACGGCGAUCAGCUUGAUUUUGUUCGGCAUGUUUCAAUCAGCUACAUAAAUACAAAGAAGCAAUCAAAAAGGUUCACUGGCUCAAAACAACACAGGAGGUCAUUUAGUUUUGACGAGGAAGAACACAGCGAGCAAGAGGAAGAACAGAAGAACAAGGGCAUAGAACAGGACGACAACAUAUACUACAAUUGUGACGACAUUGAGAAUCAAAGGGUCCCGGAGUAUGACAACGAACUUGCUGUUCAACAACACAGCGAGACCGGAUUCCCAUUCAUACUGGGAGAGUGGUUUCCAUACUCAAGACUAUCACUGUCACCCGUAGGAGGAGGAGGAGGAAAAUCUAGAAGAAGCUAUGCUUGUUCCCCAGGCAUAGCCACUGGGUUGUUGCUUGGCUUUAGGAAGAUUUUCGGGCUUUGCUUCGAGAAACGUGAGAAACGCUACACUCGAAGGGACGUAUGGAGAAUAGAUUAGUACACACCCCAGGGACAUCAUACAUUUUCUUCGUCUGUGUGUUCUUGUUUUACUUCCCUAAACGUUUGUCUUUCUAAAGAAUUUAGUGAUUUCACGGCAGCACGUAUGGCACGUGCGGGGGAGACUGACAGUCCCAGUCACUCACUGAUCUCUAGCUCAUACGAGAACCUCAUACCAAAAUGUGUGGCGAAGAAUGAGAUUAGAUAACAUUUCCACUCACACAAAUUGGUUUU